GUUAGUUCUGUCAUUUCUGAAACAAGCUGCAGCUUUCACUUCGGUGAUUUAAAUGGCGAAUAAAAUCCUCCAAGCCUGGCCUCCAAAUGAUCAUUACCGCGUUGGGAGCACAGUUAUCUCUGUACCCCACUCAGCGAUUCCUGUUUGUCGAAAUUAGUGCUACGGCAAAGAUCCCCUGUUCUUCCAAAGAAAAACUGGAAGGAGGUGGCAUUUCGGUUUAUUGGUACAGGAGACAAGAAGGUGAGGGGCCCACCUGCAUCAAGAAAUGCUUAAAUGAUCAAAAUGUAAGUAAGUUUGCUUGCAAACUCGAGACACAUGGCAUGACACUGGAAAUCUACAACGUCCAGCAGAAGGACUCUGGUGACUAUUACUGUGCAGUUAAAUCCAGCAGCUAUCUGAUUUUCGGCAAUGGAUCCACGCUGAUUGUUGGAGACAGCUACACCACCAGCAGCUGGGUUUUGCUUCUUGCUCCAUCUCUCCCUGGUCUCAUCUCCACCGAGACGGUUGGUCUGGCUUGCAUUGUCCAUGGAGUUUACAACCCAGUCCAAAUUUCCUGGAAUAUUUCUGGGAAUCGGCAGGAACAGGCACUAAUGCGAUCACUGAAAGCAAAGGAUGGAUCCUUAAUACUCAUAAGUCACAUUAGCAUCCCGAAGGACACCUGGACCAGUGCGAAAAUUCUCACCUGUGAAGUCAAAUUCAACUCUUCUGGCAACAGAGUUAAGAAAAGUGCCAGGUAUUUUGAACUCCAUCCCAGCUGGUGUGUGCCGCAGAUAUUGCACCAUGUGGUGGCAGUUUUCCUGGUGGGGUUGAUGGUGUCUCUGAGUCUGGCUUGGAUUCGCUGCUGUUCCAGUCCAGGAUCAAAGGGUUUAUGCCCAAGUGAAGUUUCAGUCAAGGAAUCACAACCAGUUGAGGAUGCAGUGGCUGAUGGAAGAGAAAAAUCGUAACCCACACUGAGAUACGAGCCUGGAAACUCACAGCUGGUUCACUGCUGACCUCGACGACGGCAGCCGUUUUGUAAGAUGGUGUCUUUCUGUAAAAGCUGUUGGUCUGUUUUUACUGCUUCUGCUCUUCACUGCUGCUGCAUGUGGCUCAGUUGCAAAAUAUAAUUAAAAAGUAACCCGACUU